GGUUUGUAAGAACAUGCAGUUCGUGUGUGCUCAUGCGUACUUUUGCCUGAAUACAAACAACAUAAUGUAACCAGGUCGGGUUUUAGUACUUACUCUUACUCGAAAUUUGUUUAUAUACGUAUUGUCAUAUUUUGAGACAACCAGACGAUUUCGCUUUACCCAAAUUUCAUUUUUAGUGGAACCACUUGGUUGGGUGGAGAGUGACCCAUUUAAAACUUUUUUUUUCGCUCUCCCCGGCUACACUUGGCGUAGUCGGCAGGAUAGCUUUGCUAUAAAUUUCAUUUUGAUUUGGGUGCGAACUUAGACAAAUUAUAUCAUUAGGGUUGAACGACAGUCAAAUAAAUAGGGAACUUGACCGGCACUGAUGGCAUGAGCACAUCCCCAGCAGUAGAUGUCGAUGCCCACUCAUCAGAAUCACCGAUCAGCGAGCAUCUAGUGACUUAAUCUUGUAUCCUUUCUUCAAGUUAGAAACACAAAAGGCCGUGCUCCCAAGGAUGACGUCAGUUUUGUAUCCUUGACUGACACAAAGGAUCUAUACUCCUGGGUAAUAACAAGCAAGCGACUCCUGAUGAAAAGAAAGGGGUGAAAGGUGCGGGUCGUGAGGCGCGGAAGUCCAUUGCAAGAAGUGGUGAUUCAGUGACACGAGGCCAGCUUGAUAACUUGUGAACGAGUUCACUACGCAUUUCCUGGUAGAGCUGGUUCGGAUCCGGCCUGUAUGCUCGCCCACUCACAUUGUGUUCGAUAUAGGCUGCUCUGUGAUCCGGUCCUUGAUCACUAAAGGUUAUUCUUGGAAGUUCAAAGAGACUUGACACCGUACUGUUUCAGUCGCUCUCUUGAUUUUCAGCUCUUACCACGCAAAUUGAAGAGUUAUCGUAAGAAAAGGCCGCAGCUUUGUUUGCCUAAAUCUGAAUUCGAAGUGAGAGGGAUAUCUCGAGUCACGGUAAUUCCCGUCUGACAAGAUAUUAGCCUAUGCAUACACGUGCCUUAUCGGUCACGUUCCGGCAUUGACCCUAGACAAGAAAGUGUGGCUGCAUUAGAAAAGUAGGAAUCUAUCUGCUGUGGAACUUCCGCAACUACCCGUGGCAAUACUGAGGACAUAGUGGGAGACUUCGAGUAACCAAACGAAAACCUUCGUUGAUCACAAACUACAGGACGACGUCGUUGGCCAUUUUGGGCAACUUUUACAACGGCAGAUUGGAUUGGAAAUUAUAGUUCACGUCAGCCGCAGCGAAACGUCAUUCGAACGAACAAGUGACACCGGGGGAAUAACUAACAGGCCUAUCGUGUUUGAACUAGCAAACGUCGUAUAGUAUCCAGAAAUAGUGUACAGCAAAAGGUUAGAUCGUUCUUGGUUUGUAUGCCUUUGCCAAAAUGAAGGGGCAUACAAAAAUUCUAAAAGUUUCUUUUGUGCUCGCCAUGAUGUGUUUGUUGUCGGUCAGAGGCAAUCCCGUGGAGAAGGGGGUAUCUGGAUUGGUUGGUAAGAAAAAGCAGGACCCUCGCAGUGGAGAUAUAGAUCUAUCCAAGCCUGGGACCUGCCCCACUGAACCAGUAGUCUCCAUGUUCAGCCCGUCCGUCUGUGCCCUUGACUGCCUCUUUGAUCUGGAGUGCCCGGGCACCGAGCGAUGCUGCCCGGAUCACUGUGGUGGAACGGCUUGCAUUGAGACUACGGAAAAUGCAGAUGAAUCCACCACAACUCGUCCAGUGACAGAGCCAGUAACCACGCCUGCUGCAGAUACCGGUGACAACACAGAAGUCAUUCGGCCACAAACAACAGUGUCUACUGCCAAGACAACAGAAGCUACAACUUCCCCUAAAACCACUGGAAAUCCAGCCACACAACCACAACCAACAGUUCCUACAACCAGGGGUACGGUAGCUACAACUUCCCCUGACAACACUGGAGAUUCAGAUUUGUACCUUCAGGGGGAUGUCGUCGUCAACGUAUCGGCCGUUGUUGGUCAGGACUUGGUCCUGCACUGCAAAGUCUCCACGUCCGCGGACGAGCCGCUUUUGCUUUUCUGGAUGGUGCAGAUAGGCGUCGGAUAUCUCCCGUGGUCCGAUGUGCCACCGACAGAUAACAAACGAGUAUCACACGGCGGCUCCCGGCUGGAGAUUAACGGGGCAACGCUGGAGGACUCCCAGAGAUUCGUCUGCUUCGGGGGACACUCGAAGGGUUACCUGACGCAAACCUACGUGGUCACGGUGACAGAGAAACCAGGUACCGAUCAAGAAAGUCCAGCGGACGGUUGUGGCAACCACGCCUGCAUGAACGGUGGGACAUGCGUCGAGGAGGACCAAAGCUUCCGCUGCGUGUGUCCAGAUGGUUUCAAAGGCGAGAACUGCACUGAACCUUCAGACCCUUGCCAGCGACAUCCAAACGUCUGCCAAAAUGGCGCCACUUGCGUCCCCGAUGACGGUGAUGCUGUUCUCUGCGCGUGCGCAGAAGGCUGGGAGGGUAGGCACUGCGAAAAAAGGGCGAGCCCGUGCGUUAGCAAUCCGUGCCACAACGGCGGUAGCUGUGAGGAUUUGGAGGGGGAGUACCAGUGCAUUUGCUCGUCCGAGUUUACGGGACCUCGGUGCGAAGAAGAGGUCGUCGUUACAACCAAACCGAAUGGAGAAGAGAUGUCCGAUGCCUGCUACUUGCCGCUGGACAAGGGGAACUGCUCGAGAAAGGAAACUAAAUGGUAUUACGACACCGAGACGCAGCUAUGCCGACAGUUCAUCUACAACGGUUGUCAGGGUAACGCAAACCGAUUCCGCAGCUACGACGAGUGCCAGUGGGAAUGCCCCGAGCUACCACGUGACCCCUGCUCCCAUCCAAUCGCCACGGGGCGUUGCAAGGCCUCGAUUCCAAGAUGGGCCUACAGCACAGAGAGCAAGAAAUGCGUUGAGUUCGUGUACGGCGGCUGCGGCCCGACUGGGAAUAACUUCCUGACUGAGGAGGAGUGUGCGCAGACGUGCAUGUCAGAUACACAACAGCCAUGCGAACGUUGCGGCACUCCGAGUCUAGCAGAAGCGUACUGUGACAGCGACUUUGUGAUCACCGGCAUCGUCCGUAGACAGUUGAUUUCCGAUGGUCGACUGAAGACCGUCGUCUUGGAACUGACCAGGAGCUACAAGGGCCACGGUCUGACACUCCGGCGAUCUCGAUUCCUCGACGAACCGCUUGUCAUUGCGAAGAGUCGAUCCCAUGAAUCGAACGGGUGUUCGGGACGCUGUUUUGAAGACCUGGAAGACGGCAAAGAAUACAUCCUGACCGGGACCCUGUCGGGAGAGGGCGCUAGCAAAUCCGUAGCCUUCCUCACCAGCAGUAGCUACAUCAAGCCCGCCGUCAGCCGACGGCUUGUCAAGUUAGAAUUGAUCCGUAACGACCGAGCUUUCAACAGAAGAUGCUCGCGACGACUGCAGACCCCACUUUAGACUUCAGUGGAAUCCGGCAAACACAAGCGGCUUUUACUGUGGUGUUCGCACUCAUCACGCGCAACGCGCACGCACAUUUUGGUAUUCCUAUUGGCUGAAGGAGCCCGAAGUGCGUGCGUA